UUUUUUAAUACUGUGUAAAUAGAUCCGUUGCUAACGCUAAUAAAUAAACAGUCACUAUAACAUGACUCUUAUUACAAACAAAUGAGCAUAAACGGAUAAACUGGCUUAGAAAAGGGCUGUGCAGACUUCAAGUAGUGUUGGUGAAUCCUUGGCCUUGCCUGUGUGGACAGUUUGAUAGCUUCAUGGCUCGAGUCCUGAAACUUUCACGCUCUGUCCUGCACUGGAGGCCCCUGUGGGUCAGAAGCAUGUCCACUUUAGAAGAGCGAGCCCGGACCAUGUUCGCCGCCGCUGUGGAGGGAGUCCAGCCAGACAGCAUAGUGCGCAGAGCUCUGCAGCGACGAGGGAAUGACCUGCUGGUGGCCGAGCACAGUUUCAGUCUGAGUAACAAUGUGCAUCUGGUGGGAUUUGGCAAAGCUGUUCUGGGCAUGGCUGCAGAAACAGAGAGGAUUGUGGGGGAUCACCUGGUUCAGGGACUAGUAAGUGUGCCUCACGGAAUUCAGGAAACAUUGCAGCAUCAUAAUAAGCUGAAUAUGUUACUUGGCCCCAGCAGCAAGAUUAAGGUAAUGGAAGGAGCCAAACACAACCUUCCAGACCCAGAUGCCCAAAGGUCAGCACAGAGCAUCCAAGAACUAGCCAGGACUCUUACUGAGAAAGAUCUUCUGCUUGUCCUUAUUUCAGGUGGUGGCUCGGCUCUUUUACCUGCUCCUAUCCCACCGAUAACCUUGCAGGAGAAACAGGAUGUGACUCGUCGUCUAGCAGCUUCAGGAGCCACAAUUCAGGAGUUAAACACAGUGCGGCGAGCUCUGUCACUGUUAAAAGGUGGAGGCCUGGCUCGUUUAGCUUAUCCUGGAAAGGUGGUGGCACUUAUUCUGUCAGACAUCAUUGGAGAUCCACUAGAUCUCAUAGCCAGUGGGCCAACAGUGUGUAGCAAGACAUCAGCGGAGGAGGUUUGGGCCAUCCUGGACCGCUACAACCUUUCUGUCACUCUGCCCUUGUCUGUAAAAGACGUUCUAAAUCAAGAAGGCUCGCAGCAGAAAAAUAAGCCACAUGAAGACCACAUCCUCAAUGCUGUAAUUGGCUCUAAUGCUAUUGCUCUGGAGUGUGCUAGUCGUAAAGCGCGCGACUUAGGCUUCCGUCCAGUGAUUCUUUCUCCAGGAGUGUGUGGUGAUGUUGGAUCUGUAGCCCAACUGUAUGGGCUGCUGUCUCGCUUUGCCUGUACUCCAGGACCGGAACCUCCGGAGCUUGCAUAUGAGAUCCUCAAACUGGGUCCACAGGUGGGGGUGGAGACCUGGGAUCUUUGUCGCACAAUGAAACAGUUAGAAGAUGCGCGGGAGGAAAGCUGGUGCACCACAUGCCUGCUGGCUGGAGGCGAGCCCACCGUUCAACUAUUGGGAAACGGCAGAGGUGGGAGGAACCAGGAGCUGGCUCUUCGGGUAGGCCUUGAGCUUUGCAGGAAGGAAGAGAAAAGUGCAGCAGUGUUUCUCAGUGGAGGAACCGAUGGCCAGGAUGGUCCUACUGAAGCUGCCGGAGCAGUUUGCGAUGGAAACCUAGAGGUCGAGGCUAAGAGUCAGGAGCUGGAUGUUGAUAACUUUCUUAAAAAUAAUGACUCGUUCACAUUUUUCUCACGUCUUUCAGAGGGGCAUAGGUUGCUUCUGCCAGGGCUCACAGGUACCAAUGUAAUGGAUGUUCAUGUUCUGCUUCUACCACCUCCACCGCCACACCAACACCAACAGAGUAACUAAUUCAAACAAAUAAUCAGUUGAGAUUACUAUUACUAAGUAAUCUAGGCUAUUUUUAAUCAAAUGCGAUCAAAUAAUAUUUUUAAAAGAUUUCUUAUUCACUUUAAUAUCAAAAUUAUAUACAUAGUUUUAUAAAACUAUCUAAUUAAGUAGAUUCUGCAGAGUUUGUUUCACAUUGGUGCCUUAACUCUAAAAUGAAGUAGAAUGAAGUGUGGCUGUUCUUUGCCCAAGUGCCUUAUUUAACUGUGCCAUACAUUUCUUAGUUUAAUAAUUUUGGAUAUUUUAUAAACACACUAAAACUUAAUCAGUACUGCACAUGGCUGGGUGUCCUGUGGUACUUUGGCGUACUGUGGUACAUUCAGAACGGCAGCAAUUAUUCGCCUUUUAUUGCCCGAAUUACUGAUCAUUCACUUUCUUGUGUUCACACCGGAAGCAUCAUCAUCGCCAAGCAAAAAAAAAAAGUCAUAGGACUACAGUUUACUUGCUAGAAUCUAUAGAGCACAAAGAACAAAUGUAACCACUAAUUAGAUGUUUCCACUAAAAAUAAAAAUCCUGUGGGGAAACUGCUAGUCUAUAAAUACACCUUAGUCUCUCUACCUUCCCUACGUAGUGCUUUACUGUCUGUGCGAUCCACAUGACAAGAAAACUGUUCUUUGAGAUUGUGGAAGUUUGACACUGCGACAAUGUGUUUUUCUUCCAUCUCUAGUAGAAACUUUAUCUAGGAACCAAAAACGAAGCGUACUGCUCCAUGGUGGUGGAAAUAAUGUGUACCGCUCUGCUUGCUCUUAAUUUGCAUAGUUAAACUGCGCUCAACUUGAUCACCUCGCCGACCCCGCCCACUUCACGUGACUAACAAUCGCUUCGCCUCUUGUCGCCUGUAAUCACCAGCGGUAAUUAAAAAUGAAUGACAUCCAAUCGCUUUGUCACACCGGAAGCAUCAAUCAUCGCCACUGGGUAAUUAGUUGCCAUGGUUUAACUCUCGCCAAGCAAAAAAAAAAAAGUCAGCACUACAGUUUACUUUACUUGCUAGAAUCUAUAGAGCGCAUAGAACAAAUGUAACCACUAAUUAGAUGUGUUUCCACUAAAAAUAAAAAUCCUGUGGGAAACUGCUCGUCUAUAAAUACACCUUAGUCUCUCUACCUUCCCUGCGUAGUGCUUCACGCCUGUGCAAUCCACAUGACAAGAAAACUGUGUUCUUUGCGAUUGUGGAGGUUUGACACAGUGACAAUGCGUUUCUCCUCCAUCUCUAGUAGAAACUUUUAUCUAUAAAACCAAAAACGAAGCAUAGUGCUUUCAUGGUAGUGCAAAUAACGUGUGUACUGCUCUGCUUGCUCUUAAUUUGCAUAGUUAAACUUUGCUCGACUUAUUCGUGUCGCCGACUCCGCCCACUUUACGUCACUAACAAUUGCUCUACCUGUAAUUGGCAGCGCUAAUUAAAAAUGAAUGACAUCCAGUCGCUUUGUCCCAUCGUAUUACUGUUGGUCUGAACAUGGGGGUUAAACGAGCUUUAUGUUUAUAGCAUUUAGCAGCAGAGUCUUGUGCUUAUUAAUUAAACUGAGCUAAAAAACAACCUGGAGCUUAAAGCUUUGACAUUAAGCCCAUUAGUAUUAUGUUGACAGCAAAUCAAAGCAACGUUACUGAUUCAUAUGAUAAAUGUAACACCAAUGGUGCCUUAAACACUCCAAGUGUGCACUUCGGUAGCUGUCUAAAUAAGAGUUUCAAUGUGUAUUUAAAUCCAGAAUAUUCAAGAGAAACAGAAGCGCUGCAUAACUGUAUCAAUGAUUGUAGCUUUUACUUAUCUGAAUAUGGCCAAACUGCUCAAACAGUUAAUGUUUACAGAAUCUGUAACUGUCACAGCCAAAUGUGUUAAUUCAGCAGAUAUCCAUGUUUAUAUAUACAAAGUCUUUAUGUCUUUAAAUCAGUGUUUCAGUUAUGUUUUCUCAGCAGCAUGUUAAUACUAAUGCUUUACAUGAUUUUUAAAUGAGUAUUACCUUUACCUUAUGUAGGGUUCUGAUUUUUUUUUUUUGUUUGUUAGAUACAAUAUACAUUGUUACUGACUCUUGCCUUUACCUACACACGGAUCAGCCAAAACAUUACAUCCACACCCUAAAAUUCAUAACAACUGUGCAUGCCAUGGUCCGGUCAGGAUGAAUUACUUGGGCUGAUAGUAGUUACUUGUAUCCAGUAGAUAUGGGCAGCAUAAAGACUUGAGUAUCCAAAUUGUAAUAGCCAGCCAAAUGGGUUAACAUAGGUAACCGUGGUAUUUACAAACAGUGGUCUGAGGAGAGACAAGCCACAAACCACUAACAGCUUACUGGAUUGAUUGUUGACAAACAUGAAGCAUAUAUUGUCUGGUACAGACCAACAAGAAGGCAACUGUGGCUCAAAUUGCAGAUCAUAUUAAUACUGGUGAUGAGGUGACUGUGCCGCAACACCAUGCAUCAAGCCCUUCUGUUUUAGGGGUUUGUGUAGUACCAGGCCAUGUGCUAACUAUGCUAAUUCCUGUCCACCAUUAAAAACGCAGCAUUAGAACUGGACUAUGUAGCAAUGGAGAAAGGUCAAUUGAUUUUAUAAGUCCUGUUUUCUCCAAGGGCGGCAUGGUGGCUUGGUGGGUAGCACUGUCGCCUCACAGCAAGAAGGUCCUGGGUUUAAUCCCCAAGUGGGGCGGUCCGGGUCCUUUCUGUGCGGAGUUUGCAUGUUCUCCCCGUGUCUGCGUGGGUUUCCUCCUGGGUUAAUUGGAGACACUGAAUUGCCCUAUAGUUGUAUGUGUGUCUGCCCUGCGAUGGACUGGCACCUCGUCCAGGGUGUUACUGUGUGCCUUGCGUCCAUUGAAAAGCUGGGAUAGACUCCAGCACCCCCUCCAAGAUCAUGUGGAGACCAGGCAUAUGUGGCUUAUUUACCCAUGCAAAAGAUGGAGAUGGCACCACGAUCCACCUUGUAAUGUACAAAAGCGAAAAAACCUGCUGGUUAUAUCCUUGUACCAGAGACCACAGGACAUCUUUAGCUCCAGUCCUGUGGAGUCCAUGUAUUGACAGCAUACUAGGCAUGUUUUGGCUCAUCAGUGUUUGCGUAUUUGUAUAUAUGUAUGUAACCAAAUAGUCUAAUCCAACCUGGUAAAUAAAUGUAAUGUUUAUAA